AAAUGAAACUUAUUGAAACAUAGGACAUUCUAAAUUUCAGACGUAUUAGAGGGUCACCCUAAUUAGAAGGUCAUGAAAAAAGUAAUGAUGUGCCGAGACACUGUAUAAGGGCAUGGCCUUUUAUUCUUAUACUUUUCUGCCGUGAGGUUCUGCAUUUUUCGUUUUUUUCUUUUCUUUUUUCAAGUUUAUUUGCUCCUUUUCUCUUUUAUAAGGUGGAGUGUUUAUUUUCCGUAACAACGCUUUUUGUUCUUAUCUAGCAGUUCACGUCGACAUUUCGGUAUUGUUUGCUUCAAGGUGGAAAUAAAGGUCAGUUCAGGUCGUGUAAUCCAUGACAUACACUGUAUCGCAGUCAGAUUCAUGGUCAUAGAUGCUCCGUGGUGUGUUGAGUUGAUUCAACACUGCACCCAUCGUCAGCAACCAAGGUGCCCAGCGUAGAGGAAUUUGAGUUGGGUGGAACUUUCAGUAUACGAUCGUUGACCCAAACCGACAGAUAAAGAUAAUCAAAUCCAGUUCACGGAUUUCAGUCCUCUGAUUGAAAGGGCAGAGAAGACAACGUCGAGCUGCAGUUUUCUAUUUUAGAAAAUAAUUUUGAUCAUUUCUGUUGGUUUGCACUAGUACUUGUUAUUUAUAACGUUUUUUAAAAAUGUUCUAACAUGUUUCUGUUUCUGCCGCGAUUGAGGCACGCUUUUUGUUGGAUUUUCAUUGGAUGGUAUCGGAAUAAAACAUGUGGAUAGACAAAAGAUUAUCUUCAGUCAGAAGUUAACGAGCAGUUUGUGAGAACCGUAUUUUUGGACCAAGAAUCUGAUUUUCAUAUCCGCGACCAGUAAUAUCGCCCUUCUCAGAAACUUGUUCUGGUCAUAUGGCUCAUUUCGAAUGAAUAAGAGGACCAUCAACUUAUAUUCAGUUUUCUUUCGCAAAUUUUUUAGGUUUUCUAGGUUUAACUAUAUCGGUCUGUGUUUUUCCGCACCCACUGAAAAGCAAUAGCGGCGUGUCUCAAUCACGGCAGGAACAUUAAUGAAAUUCAUAGCAGAAAUACACGAAUGUCAGAACUUUGAAAACGUAAGAUAUGACCGGAAUGAGUUUGUGAGAAGAGCGAUAUUUAAAAGGUUAAAUUUAAAAAAAGAACUUCUAGAUGAUGCAUUAUGUUUGCUAACGUGGAAUAAUUGAGUAACCAACGAGAAGAAAAAGAAAAUAAUCAUAUAGUAAUCUAAUCCUAUUUAAUAAUAAAACAAUAUGACAUAUUCUUUUGUGCCCAAAAUAAUUUCAGUUAGUCACAUUCAGCACAGAAGAGAAUAAAUAAACAACAGUUAAGAGUAUACGGAACAAAUACAUCUCGGUAAAUUUUAUAUUUUUCUCCAGCCAGCUACCAUCAAUACAAAUGUCGGAUUGGUCCGAUGAACCGGCGGCUGCAUCAUUGACUGAUUGGGAUGAUAAGGGUGACGAAAAUAAACCACCAUUAUCGAUCCCAACAUAUACAAAUGUAGAUGUAAAUAAAUUACCAGAAUUAAAAUUCGACAGUACAACGGCUUUGACAACGGCUUCUACAACG